AUGUCGAUUGGACCCACGCUCCUUCCUAUCUUUGAGCAACUGGGUAUCUACGAUGAGUUCCUUACUAUCGGAAAGUACUUGACCCAUCUGGUUGGCUACAAAGAGACCCUGGUGCCUCUGAAGCCCCUGGAUCUGAGACCCGUCGAGGAGUUUACGGGGUACGGGCAGUACAUUGUUGCUCGUCCAAAGCUCUACGAUCUCAUCCUCAAACAAAUCCCUCCCCACAAGAUUCACUUUGGACAUCGCGUCCUCAACAUCACCGAGAAAGACAACAAGGUCGCCAUCCAUCUUUCCAACAGCGACACCAUCGAGGGCGACAUCAUUGUUGGCGCCGACGGAGCCUACAGUGCUGUCCGUCAGCGGAUGUACGAGCAAUUGAAGACGGAAGGAAAGCUCCCCAAGUCUGACCAAGAAGAUCUCCCUUUCUGCUGCACAUGCUUGGUUGGUCAGACAAAGGUCCUGGACCCUGAAGAGUUCCCUAUUGUUGCUGAACCCCAGUGCAAUUUCAGCAACCUUUAUGGAGACGACAAACCCUUCACAGCAGCCAUGGAGCAGCGUUUCCGGAACAGCGAGAACUCGGAGUGGGGCGAUCACCCCGCGCAGACCAUGUGCGAGGAGACUCGGAACCUUCCCAUUCAAUUGCUUGACGGAAAGAAGCGCACCCUCGGGGAUCUCUACGACCAGACACCCAAGGAGUUCAUCUCCAAGGUCAUGUUGGAGGAGAAGGUUUUCACAACCUGGCACCACCGUCGUUAUGUAUUAAUGGGCGAUGGUGCAGUGACAGCAAUGCACGACGCAAUUGCCCUCGCCAACUUAUUCUAUGCCAUGCCCGCUAAGACAGGAGAGGACAUCACCAGGAUUUUUGAGGAGUAUCAAAAGGAGCGACUUCCUGCCGUGACGGAGUCCUUCAAUAACAGCCGGCAGCUGGCCAAGACCGCAGGCAGAGGCAUUGUGGGCGCCAUUAUCCUCUAUCUCACUACGGUCAUCCCUGCUUGGUUGUGGAGAAUCGCGUUGGUCAUUCGCCGUCUCGCAGACGACCAGGAGAGUUACUCUGUCACCACCAUUUUACGCCUCAACAAACAUAUCCUCCCCGCAACUCUGCCAAUUAUAUACGAGAACCUCCAGCCUCCCUAUUCUCCAUAA